UCAUAAGUCUUAAAAUAUAUUGCAGGCAGAACCGUCUAUCUUAGUUUCAAGUGUUACGGAUUGUUUAUCGCUGGGCUUUCGCGGAGGACGACAAAAUAACAUAUAUUAAAAAUAUAUACUCUUAAUAAUUUUUAAAAUAGGGCUGCAAAUCGUUUGAGACAACUCUGAACACGGUGCAUGUAUGAUCUCUUCUAUAUAAAGAGAUCUUAAUUUGCACGUAUAUCAUCAUAGAAAAUAAAACAAUUACUACAUUUUACAAAACAAAUGGCGAAUCUAGCUGCGUCCACUUGCCUAUACUCAUGGCUCCUUGUUUUGUUAUUGAGUUCAGUCUCAGCAAUCAUAGAUGAAGAUACACAGGUGUAUAUAGUCUACAUGGGUUCACUUUCGUCUCGCGCGGACUACAUACCAACGUCCGAUCACAUGAGUAUUCUUCAACAGGUCACAGGAGAAAGUUCGAUCGAAGGUCGCUUGGUGAGAAGUUACAAGAGGAGUUUCAACGGCUUCGCAGCCAGGCUCACUGAGUCAGAACGUACAUUAAUUGCCGAAAUAGAGGGAGUUGUGUCUGUGUUCCCAAACAAGAUAUUACAACUCCAUACGACGACGUCUUGGGACUUCAUGGGGGUGAAGGAAGGAAAGAAUACAAAGAGAAACUUGGCCAUAGAAAGUGAUACUAUCAUCGGCGUCAUCGACACUGGGAUUUGGCCGGAAUCCAAGAGCUUCUCCGACAAAGGCUUUGGUCCUCCUCCUAAGAAAUGGAAAGGUGUUUGUUCCGGUGGCAAAAACUUCACCUGCAACAACAAGUUGAUUGGGGCAAGAGACUACACAAGCGAAGGUACAAGGGACACUAGUGGCCACGGUACACACACGGCUUCCACAGCAGCUGGAAAUGCAGUCAAAGACACAAGUUUCUUUGGAAUCGGCAAUGGAACCGUAAGAGGUGGUGUUCCGGCCUCUAGAAUCGCCGCUUACAAAGUCUGCACCGAUUCAGGGUGUAGCUCGGAAGCUCUACUGUCUUCGUUCGAUGACGCGAUUGCAGACGGUGUAGACCUCAUCACCAUCUCUAUUGGGUUUCAAUUCCCAUCCAUAUUCGAAGAUGACCCGAUAGCGAUCGGAGCUUUUCACGCUAUGGCCAAAGGGAUUCUCACUGUAAGUUCUGCGGGUAACAGCGGUCCAAAGCCCACCACAGUCUCGCAUGUAGCGCCAUGGAUCUUUACCGUUGCAGCCAGCACCACGAACCGUGGGUUUAUCACCAAAGUUGUUCUCGGAAACGGCAAGACACUUGCCGGGAGGUCAGUGAAUGCUUUCGAUAUGAAAGGAAAAAAGUACCCUCUAGUGUAUGGAAAAUCUGCAGCUUCAUCUGCUUGUGACGCCAAAACGGCAGCACUUUGUGCGCCAGCGUGUCUAAACAAAAGCCGUGUGAAGGGAAAGAUUUUAGUGUGUGGUGGUCCGAGUGGUUACAAGAUAGCUAAAUCAGUUGGAGCUAUUGCAAUCAUUGAUAAAUCCCCUAGACCCGACGUUGCAUUCACUCACCAUUUACCUGCCUCUGGUUUAAAAGCAAAAGACUUUAAGUCUCUCGUCUCUUACAUUGAGUCCCAAGAUUCUCCACAAGCGGCUGUUCUAAAAACGGAAACAAUCUUCAAUAGGACAUCUCCUGUUAUCGCUUCCUUCUCUUCUCGUGGUCCAAACACCAUCGCUGUUGAUAUUCUCAAGCCGGAUAUAACAGCACCAGGAGUGGAGAUCCUUGCUGCAUUUUCACCUAAUGGUGAACCGUCCGAAGAUGACACCAGACGUGUGAAGUACUCUGUUUUCUCUGGAACUUCAAUGGCUUGUCCUCAUGUUGCAGGGGUGGCUGCGUAUGUCAAGACGUUUUACCCUAGAUGGUCUCCUUCCAUGAUUCAAUCUGCCAUCAUGACAACUGCUUGGCCUGUAAAAGCUAAGGGACGUGGCAUCGCAUCGACCGAGUUUGCUUAUGGAGCUGGACAUGUCGACCCGAUGGCCGCUUUAAAUCCUGGACUUGUCUAUGAAUUGGACAAAGCUGACCACAUCGCCUUUCUCUGCGGCAUGAACUACACUUCGAAGACCCUUAAAAUCAUCUCGGGUGAUACCGUCAAGUGCUCCAAGAAAAACAAAAUCUUGCCUAGAAACCUUAACUAUCCUUCAAUGUCGGCCAAAUUGUCAGGAACCGAUAGUACCUUCUCUGUGACUUUCAACAGAACGUUGACCAACGUCGGCACGCCAAACUCUACAUACAAAUCAAAGGUAGUCGCAGGUCACGGAUCUAAGCUUAGCAUCAAGGUCACGCCUAGUGUUCUGUAUUUUAAGACAGUGAACGAGAAGCAAUCUUUUAGUGUCACUGUUACAGGCAGCGACGUUGACUCGGAAGUCCCUUCGUCUGCAAAUCUAAUUUGGUCUGACGGUACCCAUAACGUGAGAAGUCCCAUUGUUGUUUACAUAAUGGUUGUUGAUGAGGCAUGAGCAAUUCAUCAUCGUCGUCAGUCAUCACAAAUAAAUCUUUAUUGUCGUUGUAACGUUUCUUCAUUUUGUGUUUACGUUAUUUGAUUGCUCUAUGAUGUUUCAGCUUCUUUUACUAUAUAUAAAUAAGGUGCGAGUAUCUUUUUGCACACGGAUUUCACUGCAAACUAAAUGUCAUGCCUUAUGAAGGUGCUCUGUUUGACUGCAGAGUGAAGAGACUAAAUGGGCUUUGUCUGUUUUCUCUGGCCCAUGACUUUUGUUGACUGGGCUUUAUUGUGCACAGGCCCAAAUAAUGUCUCUGACCUUAGAUUUGGUAUAGGUAGAGUUCAUGUGAUUUUUGAAUUUGUAUAUGUCUGAACGUAAUUCAGACAUCCCAAUGCGGUUGAAUGAGGAAAUGAAGAAACAAAACCACUUUCAGAUUCCCAGACUUAUGCUUAAGUCUCAAAAAC